GGGGAUUUCUGUUCGUCUAUUUGUAUGUCUGUAUUUCAAGUUGUAACGAACGGGUGUAAUCUUACACACAGGCAGUCAAAUGGCUCUCUCUGGACAAAACACAUGCUGCCUGCCUGCCUGUCUGUCUCACGUCUGGUCUAGCCGAGCAUCAUCUAUAUUAAUAGAUUUUAUGCUGCAUAACCAUACAUAACUUCACGAGACUUCAUCAGCACCCCAAGCCGUCCUCGAUUGAGUUGAUCUCAGGAUCCUGCCACGUGCCGCUGACAUUUGAAUAUGGCCGUGCAUCAGCGGUCCCUUCUCUUUGGACACCCAUGGGUCCCCUGCGUGCUUCGUUCCCGUCGUCGAUAGGCAAAGUCUGGGUGGGAGUGCAUGAUGCACGUUGACCGGCUAUGGUAUCUCUCCGUCUGCAAAUAUGACGGUAUCAUGUUGAUACUGUGGUUUCCAAGAUGUGUGCCAUGAGUAUUGGUGCUAAGUAUGGCGAGCCGAAUGUUCAGGUGCUGCUCCCGUCGGUGGAAGGAGUAAUAUGAAAUAUUUUCAAAUGGAUACGGCGCUCCUCUGGCGGGAGGUCAAGAGCAGAUUCACAGCCUUACAUAUACAGCAUGUGGCAGAUAUAUUGGUUGUGUCAAUCAUACUUGUCAGGCUGCCUCCCAAGGCUAUAUAUAUAGCCCUUUUUUUAAUUGACCAUUUUUCGUACCAUCCACAUAUUGGUAUUUUUGCAUUCUCACAGUACAGGACCAACGAGAUGAAACUUCACUCCAUCGUUCCUGCUUUGCCAAAAUGAGAUAUGAAAAUGGAAGGAGAGAAGAGGAGCAUCGUUCUUGCCUCCCGUCUUUUCUGUUUGUUUGUUUAUUUUCUCCUCUUUCCGUCACUUCUUUGCUUGUUACUUGCACUUUCUUCUUUCGGGCCAGUUAGCCAUGGAUUCCGCGGUCGAGACGGCAUAAAACCUAAAACGGUUCGAGCUAGCUUAUAUUCUAUCCUUUCAUCAGCGUGUAUAAUCUUCUGUCAGCGACUUCCAGCACCCGUAGUCAUGCUUACAACGUAUAUCUAUGAUAUAUGCUAUGAUGACAACCUGAUUUGCACCAGGAAAACGAACAGGGAGAAAAAACCGGAAACCUGGAUAGUAAAUUCAGUCAACUUACAGUCGGAUGUAUAUAUGCUGACUGGAACUAUGGAUUCUUCGAGUAGAAAUAACAAAGGAACGAAUGCUGUGCUCCUCGAUUGUAACCCCAUUUCCCUCUAGCUGAAGCAACAGAAAGGGUAAAAUAGGAUGGCAUGAGUAAGAUUGGAUCUUGAAUGUCAUAUCCAUGGAUGUAGAAACUCUUAGUUAAAGCUUGUAACUGAUGUCAACAUGUAUGCUUGCUGAUAAAUAAGCACCAGAAAGCAAGCCGUUGGCCCUCCGUCGACAAAACUGCUGGCAGGGUGACUCUGCAGGAUAUCUGAUACGCUCAAGACAAAGGCAAAAAGAGCCAAGUUCCUGGAGACCCCAGACAAACGCCCUGAAAAAAGGGGGUAAAAGGGCGAUGUCUGGACUGCGGUUGUGGCUCGGG